UUACUUUCUUGUUGAAGAUGCUGAAUCAGAAAGAAGACUUUUUUUAAUUGUGUUUGUCUAUAGCUGUGGAAGGUUUUUAGUAUUUACUAUUGGAAAUUUUCCUCUCUUUCUCUCUACUUACCUUAUUCCUCUCUCUUUCUCUCUACCUACCUCAAUGGCAAGAGGAUGGACGUUCACUGCUGUAGGACUCACUGUCCUCAUUGCUCUUGUAUUAGUCCAUCCAACUUGCUGUGCUACUACUGUUAUGGUUAAUCUUAACUGUACCGCUUCUUCUUGUGGGAAUAUCCACAACAUAAGCUCUCCUUUUCGAUUGUCGACCGACCCAGUAAUCUGCGGGAACCGCUAUUAUGAACUGUCGUGUGAGAACAAUCGUACGGUGCUAAACACAUAUCGUGGAAAAUACUACGUAGAGGAAAUCAGUUACAACAACUACACAAUCCGGAUCGUGGACUCAGGUAUACAGAAGAACAAUUACUUCUCCACUCCCAAUUAUUCUUUAUAUCGGUACAAUUUUAGUUCGCAAGAUUAUUUUUAUGGAUAUACCACGUAUCAGCCAAAGCGAAAGGGGACGGUGCCGGAGCGGUAUCCCGAACUAUCACGGAGUUUGGUUUGGAUGAGCUGUGAAAAACCAGUGAAUUCUCCAUUGUAUUUGGACACUUCUACUUGCAAUUAUAAUGACAACUCUUCUUCUAUAUCUGAUUCCAAGACGAGGUAUAGAUAUGUUACAGUUGGUAUAACCAACGCAUCCCAAGUGGAGGACUCGUGCCAAGUAGAGAAGAUGUUUCUGACUUCGUGGCCAAUAAAUAAUGAUGACCCAAAUAUCUCCUGUACAGACGUCCUCAAUGAAUUGGCAUAUGGUUUUGAGCUUUCAUGGCUCGAAAGAAAUUGCUACCUCGAUGACGCGAACCAUGUUCGAUGCGACGACAGUACUGGAGUGCUUGACCUGAUCCUAGGUAUACUCACAGGUGAGGUUUCUAUCUCAAAAAGUUGUUUGAAGAGUAAUAUAGUAUGGACAAUUAAAUAG